GAGGGAACGACGGUCCCACGUGUCCUCCUCACCGCAGACCAAACGCUUCUCUCUUCGCUUUUUUUCCCCUUCCCUUAGUUUCCGCAUACCGCAGAUUCCCAUAUAGGCUACACAUUCACACACACAGUCUCUCUCACACACACACACACGCACACACACAUACAGCUACAGGCUCGCUCAUACGCACCGGCGCAGCCUUGCGCAGCUGUGCGUCCGCGGUGCGCGCUCUCAGUUUCCCGUUCCUCCCUGUUUUCUCUUUACUGAUUCACAUCCACGGGCCUGUAUCGAUCAUCUCCGCCUCAGGCCGAGCCACUGGUUCAAUUUUUUCUCCAUUAUUCUGAAAUGCAAAUCCAGAUUAUGCGUAGUGUUGGCCUUAGCUGAAAGAGAAGCAGAAAGAGAGAUGAGGAGAGGACGCGCAUCAGAUGUUUAGCUGAUUCACUUUGGAUCCUCGCCAUCGUUGCUGCAGGUUGUUGGUCUUUCCCCGCCUCUCUCUCCAUCGGCUGGUGUUCGUGACAUCUUGAGGCUCCCCUCGAUGCUGUGAUCCGCGGGAAUAUGUGAGGAUCAUGCUGGCGGUGUGGUGCUUCUUGGUCUUUGCUGCAGUGGGCGAGAGGCUUGCAGUCUCAGGUGCAGACAGGAGCCAGGUCGAGGAUGGAGGCAUGUGGAAUUGGUUCAUCCCACCGGGGCAGUCGGACAGCGGGGACACUGCUGCGACUGAGGUCACCCACCCGAAGCGGCUGGUGCAGCAGGUCACGUCGGAAGAGGAAGUGGCUCAUAACUACUUGGAUACCAGGGUGAAGAACGGCACUGGAGACACACUGUCCGUCCACUUGGCCCAGAUCUGUUUUCAAGUCAAAGCCUUUGGACACACCUUCACGCUGGACCUGGAGUUAAACCACCACCUCCUGUCUUCAGACUACGUGGAGCGGCACUUCAGCCAGGACGGCAGACCCUUGGAGUCCCUGGGAGGGGAGCACUGCUACUACCAGGGGAGGUUAAGAGGUUUACCUGAGUCCUGGGCUGCUGUCUCCACCUGCCACGGACUAUGUGGCAUGUUCUCUGAUGGCUUCUUCUCUUAUGGGAUUGAGCCCAUUCACAAUGGGACCAAUCAGGAUGACGACACUCACUUAAUCCACAGGAUGCCUGAUGUCAGAUUCUCCCCCCAGUGCACAGACUGUACAGAGGACAGUGAGUGGGAAAGCAGAGGAGGUGAUGGUGACGACGGCGACGACAGAUCGGACCACUUGAGGGAGCAGCGGGUGUCUGGAGGUCUGAGGAGAUCCAAGAGAUUCGUUCGCAAGCCCUCUGUCCAGACUGAGACCAAAUAUAUUGAGCUGAUGGUGAUCAACGACAACGAAAUGUUUGUACAGCUGCGUAGCGCGAGCAGCCAAACCAAGAACUUUGCCAAAGCAGUGGUCAACAUGGCCGAUGCGAUCUACAAGGAACAGCUGAACACGAGGAUCGUGCUGGUCGCCAUGGAGACGUGGACCUCUAAAAAUAUGAUGCCAGUGGUUGAAGACCCACUGAUAACACUGCAGAACUUUAUGAAGUACAGGAAGGACAACAUCAAAGAGCAGAGCGAUGUUGUCCAUCUUUUCUCAGGGCGUACAUUUCACAAUAGCCGCAGUGGGACAGCGUACACAGGAGGAGUGUGCUCACCAACCAGAGGCGGAGGAAUCAAUGAGUAUGGUAACGUCGGCGUCAUGGCCAUCACUUUGUGCCAGAGUCUCGGUCAGAACAUCGGGAUGCGGUGGAACAACGUCCGUAACUCUGCAGGAGACUGCAGGUGUCCGGAUGCCUGGCUCGGCUGCAUCAUGGAAGACACGGGAUACUAUCUGCCCAGAAAGUUUUCUCGCUGCAGUGUUGACGAGUACAUCCAGUUCUUGCUCCAGGGGGGAGGCAGCUGUCUUUUCAACAAGCCUAACAAGCUGUUGGAUCCUCCAGAGUGUGGAAAUGCCUUUGUAGAGCCAGGGGAAGAGUGUGAUUGUGGAUCCCAGGUGGAGUGUGCCCGUAGUGGAGGAGCCUGCUGUAAAAAAUGCACACUUACCCAUGACGCCAUGUGCAGUAAUGGACUCUGCUGCAGGGGCUGCAAGUAUGAGCAGAGAGGUGUGGUGUGUCGAGACGCCGUGAACGACUGUGAUAUUUCUGAAACAUGCACUGGAGACUCCAGCCAGUGUCCACAUAAUGUCCACAAGCUGGACGGCUACACGUGUGAUACUAGUCAGGGACGAUGUUAUGGUGGACGGUGCAGGACUCAUGAUGGACAGUGUAAAGGACUCUGGGGCUAUAAUUCAGCUGACAGGUUUUGCUAUGAGAAGCUAAACGCUGAAGGGACAGAAAAAGGAAACUGUGGCCCAGGUCCAGAAGGCCAGGGCUGGCUGCAGUGCAACAAGCCGGAUGUACUGUGUGGCUUCUUGUUCUGUGCCAACGUGACAAUGAAGCCAAAGUUCGGAGACCUGCAGGGUGAGGUGACCAGCUUCACCCUCUACCAUCAGAACAAGUACCUGGACUGCAGAGGUGGACACGCUCUGCUGGAGGACGGCUCUGACCUGGGCUACGUGGAGGACGGCACCCCCUGUGGUCCCAACAUGAUGUGUUUGGAACGACGCUGCCUCCCUGUGGCGGCGUUCAACCUCAGCAUCUGUCCAGGAUCCAACUUUGUGCGCAUCUGCUCUGACCACGGGACGUGCAGUAACGAGGUGAAGUGUAUCUGUGAUAGAGACUACACAGGGAAGGACUGCAGCGUCUUUGAUCCCAUCCCCGUCCCUACAGUCCCGACGGGCCCAGAGAAGAAAGGAACAUUCGAAGAGGAAGAUCUGGUGGCGGAUAAGACAUCUGUCCGUGUUUCUGUCUCUAUUGUCCUGUCUCCUCUCGUCUUCCUCCUCACACUGUGUCCAUUUCCACAUCGGAGAAGAGGGGAACACAAAAAAAUAAAAAAUAAGAAUAACGUCUUCCACUCCUGCCCCAAAAUCUCUCCAAACCUGCCCUCUGAUUAUGAUGAAUCCUCCACACUCCCCGUCUGCUCCUUCUCGUCCGUCCGUCCGUCCUCCGAUCUGGGCUCAGCCCGUUGUGGAGCUCCUCUCACCUCUCAGCCGAAUCAUGCUCGUGUGGCUGAUGCCCAAGAUUGUGUCCGGGCCCCACCUAAAGCGAGCAGGUGGCUGUCACGACGGGGGUUUCCUCUUCCAGAAUGUGCUUCUGUGUCUGUUUACUUCCUUACCCUGCACAUGUUGGACAGCCCGAUAAAAGAACAUAUCAGUGGCGGAACCAAUGUGAUAUGGAGACUUGUCUUUCCAACGCCACAUUCUCUUACCUGGCCACCACGAGAGCACAGACUGAAAUCAUGAAACAAGAGCUGAAAAGUUUCCUCUUUUUUUGUUUGUUUUUUUCUCUUAAAAGGAAAAAGGACUUGAAGCACAGUUCCUCCGAGGCCAGGCCUCGACGUGUUGCCCAGGCCUCGACGUGGUGCACCUCACAGUGAACAAUGUUCUGUUUUUAUCUGGCGACAUGGACAUAACUGUAAAAGACAUCCGAAAAAUGGACGGUUGUUCACAUGUUUUUCCCCAAAGACAAACUGACGAAUAACGAAAACGUUUGUGAAAGAUUAAUACGUCCAUUUGUUACUUGUGCUUAAUUCAAGG